AUGAGCGGCUUGCGGUUCCUCGACCUCAUCAAGCCCUUCGUGCCUCUGCUUCCAGAGGUUGCGGCACCGGAGACCAAGACACCCUUCAACCAGCGGUUGAUGUGGACGGGUGUGACCCUCUUGAUCUUCCUGGUCAUGUCGCAGAUGCCGCUUUACGGCAUUGUGUCCUCUGACACGUCGGAUCCGCUGUAUUGGCUGCGCAUGAUGUUGGCGUCCAAUCGCGGAACGCUUAUGGAAUUGGGUAUUACACCCAUCAUUUCCUCCGGCAUGGUCUUCCAGCUCCUGGCUGGUACCCACCUCAUUGAUGUCAACCUCGACCUCAAGACCGAUCGCGAGCUCUACCAGACCGCCCAGAAGCUCCUGGCCAUCAUUCUCAGCUUUGGCCAGGCCUGCGUUUACGUCCUGACCGGUCUCUACGGCCAGCCCUCCGACCUUGGUGCUGGCGUCUGCGUUCUGCUGGUUGUUCAGCUCGUUGUUGCUGGUCUGAUCGUCAUUCUGCUCGACGAGCUCCUCCAGAAGGGCUAUGGUCUGGGCAGUGGUAUUUCGCUCUUCAUCGCGACCAACAUUUGCGAGUCGAUCAUCUGGAAGGCCUUCUCUCCUACCACCAUCAACACUGGCCGUGGCCCUGAGUUCGAGGGCGCUGUUAUUGCGCUCUUCCACCUGCUCAUCACCUGGCCCAACAAGCAGCUUGCUCUGCGCGAGGCUUUCUACCGCCAGAACCUGCCCAACAUCAUGAACCUGAUGGCCACCGUCCUCGUUUUCGCCGCCGUCAUCUACCUCCAGGGCUUCCGUGUUGAGAUUCCCGUCAAGUCUUCUCGCCAGAGGGGCAUGCGCGGCUCUUACCCCGUUCGCCUUUUCUACACCUCGAACAUGCCCAUCAUGCUCCAGUCUGCUCUGAGCUCCAACAUCUUCCUCAUCUCGCAGAUGCUCUACUCUCGUUUCAGCGACAACCUUCUCGUCCGUCUUCUCGGAGUCUGGGAGCCGCGUGAGGGUUCCGCCCAGCUCUACGCUGCCUCGGGUAUUGCGUACUACAUGUCUCCCCCGCUGAACUUCACCGAGGCUCUCCUCGACCCGAUCCACACCGUCGUCUACAUUACCUACAUGCUCAUCGCCUGUGCUGUCUUCUCGAAGACGUGGAUCGAGGUCUCCGGCUCUUCCCCCAGGGACGUUGCCAAGCAGCUCAAGGAGCAGGGUCUCGUUAUGGCUGGUCACCGUGAGCAGUCCAUGUACAAGGAGCUGAAGCGUGUCAUCCCCACAGCUGCCGCUUUCGGUGGUGCUUGCAUUGGUGCUCUCUCGGUUGCCAGCGACCUCCUCGGUGCUCUUGGCUCUGGUACUGGUAUUCUGCUCGCCGUCACCAUCAUCUACAGCUACUUCGAGAUCGCCGCCAAGGAAGGCGAUACUGCCGGCCUCAAGGGAAUGGUGCUCGGCUAA